AUGCGCGGUAUAAAGACGCCAGUUCCUGCACAGGGAGAUAUGGAACUUUCUUCGCUCGUCUUCAACUUUGAGACCUCAUACACGAUGGACGAUGACACUUCCUGCAAUAUCAUGGAAUUCGGGUCACUUCAGAAAAUUAUCAAGCGGAAGACUGAUUUAGAUCUUGUCCCGGUUCCUUUGCCGAGUAUGAGAGAAGUGAUAAACGGUGAGUCCGGGAGCUGGCUUGCAAACACUUCCUGGAACACGCGGUUCGAAACACUUGACAGACUUCUCAAGCGAAAAGCCUAUGCAGAUCUUGUUGCCGACUCCAUUGCUGGGCAUAGGAAAGAUGACAAGGCCAGGGUCAAGGAUGGCGGUGAGCACGAAAUUGCUUGUGCACAUAAAGAGCUUGGGAGUCUUUGGAGCGGCCAGCCGGCGGAAGUGAAGUUCAGUAUCCUUGGAUACUUUUAA